AUGACGACAACACCACUCUGGUCAUCCAUCCUGUCCGCAAUUCCCUACAAAUUAGUGAGCGGCUUUUUAAUUCUGAAUAUAUGCAUAUGCAUCGCGAUUGCCAUAUCUCGGAGGAAGAAGCCCUCCGAAACAAUAGGAAUUUCGUCGAGUCCGGUCAAAGAGAAAGUCGAAAGGAAGCUUGGUGGUAGGCACCCUUUUCUCAGUUGUUUUAUUUUGAGCCUUUGGAUGCACGUUAACCCUCGACGUUCUCAUGUAGAAUGGAUUCCGUCUGAUUUUAAGAGGCCGACGGCAUCCCCUUACCCUGACUGGAAUACGAUGGGUUUGAGACGCAUGAAAUGGGAUGAAUGGAUCGAGCUUGACAACAAAUAUCUUCAAUACCAUGCCGACAAAGCAAGACGGAUAGAAGAACGUGGCGAGAAGUGCUGUCGCACAGCACCUGAAGCGAUGGACGGGGCAAUCGAACUGUUAGAAGAACUAUGUGAAUAUCUUCCUGAAAGAUACCCAACAAUGUUCAAAAAGACUCCGACAGGAAUAAGGAACACCGUAACAAGUGAGACCUUCAACAUAACUCAACGUCCGCUCCCCGAAGAUCCAAUGGCAACAGCAGCCAGACUAGUCCAAGACGAUCUAGCGCUGAUGAUUGAGCGCCCAGAUGGAGAGUACUACUUACUAGCAGGUGCAAUUCUCCUCGCGGGCUUCUGGCGGCUACGAGACAAAUUCGGCAUGCGACUAUCAGAAAUCCACAUAUCCGGCGACGUGCCGCAGUAUCGCGAGAAGCUAGAGCGAGGAAUGAUGAGCUUGUUCCGCCGAUUAAAGCCCGAAGAGCCCGUCGUACGAAACAACUACUUCAUCCAGGUUGAUGAUUGUGUGGCGUGGUCUUAUAGCCUCGGCUCGGAAGAUUCGCCGUCGCCAUCUUUUAACUCAGCUGAGAAGAACAAAGCUAUUGAGCAUCAUUUUUUCCGCUCGGAGCGGCAGUCCUUGCGACGGCUUCCGAGGUCUGGGGCUGUGGUCUUUACUAUUCGUACUUAUUUUGAACCUGUUAUGGGUAUUUCUCAAGAGCCACAUGUGCCUGGGCGGUUGGCGUCUGGUAUUCGCAGUUGGGGGGAUGAUGUUUCUCGGUAUAAGGGGAGAGAUAGAUUUCAGGAGGUCCUUUUAGAAUACCUGGAUCGAAAGCAUGCUGAACAGGUUGCGGAUGGGUUAGAUGUGGAGGGAAAUGAACGAAAGUAUCCAUUCUGA